AUGAGAAUUAGUUUGUUUUUACAUUAUAUUGUCAUAGUUACAAUUAACACAUUAGAUUUAACCGAAACAUGCAAUUCGGCUUACUAUUCAUUGACAAAAUGUCUUGACAAGCUCGAUCAUUAUGAAUGUCUUUGUCGACAAGGUCAUCUAUGGAAUGGAUAUUUAUGUGUUGCUGACGCAGUGGAUUCGCGACUUGUUUUCAACAGCAGUCAUACUCCUACUUAUAUUGAACUUGAUAGUAAACCAUUUCCGCGAAUAUCAGAACUAACGAUUUCGUUUUGGAUUCGUCUUUGGACGAAAACUGAUUCAUCGCAUCAUACAAUUCUUUAUUAUAAAACAGAUGAAUCCCUUCCAGUUCUACUUGUUUCGAUCAUCGAAAAUGCUCGUUUACAUGUCGAAAUCUUAAACCAUGUGUACGAUGUUUCAAUUUCGUUGAUUCCCAACGAAUGGCAACACAUUGCAAUUGCACAUCAUCUUUCUGGAAGUAAAGAGAUCAGUAUUCGUAUCAAUGGUUCGCCAGUCGUCACCUUAAUUUCAUCAAGAAUCCUUCCACAUGGACGACGAAAACAAACAACGAUUUCCAGUGGUGGCGAUUUCUUUGUUGGUCAAACUGCUCGUCCAAGAAACUUAACAAGAACGAGUACAGCUGGAGACAUCGAAUUCGAUCAUAAGCAAGCUUUUCGCGGCGAAAUAUCUUAUUUAAAUCUCUGGCAAAAGAUUCUAACAGAUUAUGAAUUGGAUCAGCUCGCAGGUGAUUGUCAUAGGCAAAAACAAGCUUGUGGAGAUGCAGUUAGCUGGAUGGACUUUGUCAAUGAUAUUAAAGGCGAGGUGAAAAUUCAUUGGCCAUCGGGAGUCUCUGAACUUUUUGAUAAUUGUCCGACACAGCGAUGGCUCCGUGAAUCAUGUGAUAAUUAUUGUCGCAAACUGGAUGGACCACAUUGUAAAAACGAAAGUCAAUUGAGUAUUACAUGGCCAAAAUCUGUAGCUGGACGAAAUGUUACUGAACCUUGUCCAGGAAAUGCUAAAAACGGAACAUUGCAUCGAACAUGUCAACGAAUCGAACAAAUUGCUCGUUGGACACAUGUUGAUUAUGACCAAUGCAUUCAUCCUCUGAUCAAGAAAAUCGAUCGAGAAUUAGAUAGUAUUACAUCGGACAAAGAAUAUAUACUUGCACUCCGUGAUCGAUCUGCCUAUCUUGCGGAAACCAUUUCUACAAAUUUAACCGCAACAGAAUUGUACAGUUCCAUUGAUUUAAUCUUACUUAUCGAACAAAUCGAACGAUUAACUAACAUUCUCAUCAGUCAUUUCGAUAGUUUAACUCAAUGGUACACUUCAUCGUACGAAUCGUAUUAUCUCGCUGAUGUCAAUGCCACGUUGUCAAUCCAUCAAUACCUUUUAGAAACAAUCUCGAACUUAAUCGACGAAAAAUAUCAAUCUUUUUGGAACGAAACACAUCCAUCCGGGAAUGAUUUUGUUCGUUUAUUAUCCUCAUUACAACGUUUAACUUCGACAGUAGCUCAAGUUCUAACUACUGAUAAUGAGCAAUUUCCUGGUAGUUCAUUACAUACAUCAACAGCAAAUAUCGAACAGUCGAUUGAAAUUGUCACUCGACAACAACUGAAUUCGUUCUCGUAUGAAAAUGUUCCAAUGAAUACAAAAGUUAGUUUUGCUCAUACAAGAAAACCAAUGCUUAACAAUCGAACACUACUCAUCUUUGAUGAGAAAACAAACGGUUCGACGUGGUAUUCAGUGAUAAUCACAACUUUCCGUAGUGCUCAUCUUUAUAUACCCAAUCUUCGUCUAGGUAGAAUUUCGAAGUAUGAUAAUUUAAACAGUCAUGUGAUUUCAAUCGAUGUCAAACUUCGCAAACCGAUUCAACAAUCAAACCGUCUUUCCACAUUGCUUCCCAUGGACCAUCACGUUCCUGUUUUAAUCACUACGGAUUACUUGAACCAUGAUAAUAUAUCGGAUAAUCAAUGUGUAUAUCUCGAUACAAUAGAUGCGUUUACCAAUGGAAAAUACAAAGCCACAUUGACUCAGCAAUGGAAAUGGCAAAGUUUAGCAUCGAUCUGUGAAAUGAUUCCAACAUCUCGGACUGAUCAAACUUCUUGUUCAUGUUUUAUAUCUAAUGGAACAUUUGCAGUAACAAGUGAUAUGUUCGAUCCCAAGUGGCGUGCACCUGAAUCUCGACUGUAUCUUUUUGGUCGAUUCUCGUACAUUGGCUCGUUCAUCCAUAUCUCCUUUGCCUUGAUGACAUUGAUCAUGUUAAAUUAUCUUCGAACUCAUUCAUCUGCUGCAUAUAUUCACAAACAUUACGCAUUCGUUCUGAUCUGCGCUCAAGUCAUUCUUAUUCUAGCUUUCAAUGGAAUACCAUUAUCAAAUUCGUAUCUCUGUCGGGCUGUGGCUUGCACCACACAUUUCUUCAUUUUAUCAUCUUAUUGUUGGCUAAUGAAUGAAGCAUUCAAUCUGUACAUACAAAUCACCUAUUCUACACAUCCAGCUGUAGCUGGCGCGAGCGCCACACUUUCCGAAGCAGCAUCCAAGUAUCGUUUUCUUGGAAUGGGUUACAUUUUACCAUUUUGUAUUGUGACGUUGCUGGCAUCGAUCAAAACUAAAACAUAUUUUAUGGCGACUAAAUUGGGCUUAUGCUUUAUUGAUCUUGACGAUUGGUUCAAGAUCUAUUUCAUCCCAAUAACAGGAAUCAUAUUUAUAACGAUCAUGGUGAUGAUCUUUUCUGCUAAACAACAUCACGAAAGUUCGUAUACAAAGAAUGAAAAAGCGAAUGAAGUGAUUGUAACAUAUACCGGAGGGAUAUGGUCACAGUUGUUUUUAAUUACAGUCAGCUGGUCUUUGGCAAUACUUCCUUAUUUUUAUGAUGAAAGCAUUCUUCAACUUUUACAUGGAUUUUUUAGUGGUUUACAAGGCGGUUUUCUCUUUCUUUCAUUUUUUCUUUUCAAUGACGAGAUUCGUCGUCACUAUCGUGAUCGGCGUCGUCAACUACGUCGAAUUCAAUUAAUGGAAAUUCCAUAUCGAAACUCGAUUUCGGAGUCCGAAGGACAACGCACAUCCAUUGUCGUACCUGCCGUUUCUUCUCAUUUAGCCGUAGGCAAAGUCGCUUCAUUGGCAACAGCUCCGUCUACGAAAGUCACAUCUGUUGCUUCAGUUGUGUCAAAUCUAUUGAACCGGAACCGUUCAUGUUCGACACGAAAUUCUAGCUAUGACGAAAUGAAAUGGACAUUAAGAAACCAAUCGUCCGAAGAAGUGAUUUCGAAUACUCAAGCGAUCAAUUUCGAAAUAAAAGCCUAUUCAUCGAAAUUUCGACGAGUUGUUUGUGUGUAUGAUUCACCUUCAGGUGUUCUUUUCUCUAUAGAAAGUAUAAAAGGCAACACGAAAACAUUUGUAGUAAAGGACAUGGCUGACGGGCACGAUUUAUUUCGUUCUUUAACUGAUGAAGACAAAGAAUUAUUCGAUUCAUACAAAGAAGCCAUCGGUAUUCAGAUUCAUGAAACAUUUCCUGAUAUACCUGCGAAUGUCGUUUUAAGACCAACGAGUAUACGUCAGCAAUUAGGUUGCGGUACAUUCUAUACGUAUAAGGUCAUUCUACCUGACAAUCAAACCCUUGAAAUCUCUUUUCAUUUGGGUGGAAAACGAGUGACUCCAUUAGUCGGCCCCCCGCACUUUCAAAUCACAAAAAUCAAUUGA